AUGUCGACCGUAUCGCCAGAAACAACAAACGCGGAUGUAAUCUCGCCUCCAAAAUACACAGCAAACGCUGAAUCCCCCCGCGACGAGAAAAUCGCAAUUGAACAACCAAAAGUCGACGACGAAAACCUCCCCGAAGUCGUUACCGAUCAAACGAGCCCAGCGCAAAUGAGUCCUCCCCCCGCAAGCGAAUAUCGUCCCGUCUCGACUGUUUCUCCCGCGCCGGAAAGUACACUCAACUGGGACGGUACACAAUCGCCACCGAUUCUACAGCACCCUGCCCUUGCGCAGCAGCAGUACGCGGGACAUCAGUCCAUGGUCGUUCCAGCGCAGCAGCAGGUUCCCCCUGGAGAAACUGUCACGCCUUUGCAUUUGCUAGCUGAUCAGGCUGAUAUGAUGGAUUGUCCGUUUUGCCAGCGUCGCGCUGAGACAAAGGUUAAGAAGUCUGCUUCUUCAAUGACACAUCAUUUCUGCAAGAACUGCGGUCGCAAAGUCGCAUUCAAGGAGCGAGGUGGACAAAUGGAAGCACUCGGCACGCCAGAUCAUUUGAGGGAAGUCUCAAAGUAUCCAGCCGCACCACCAAAGCAGAAAUAA